AUGGAAGGCACCACGGCCAAAAUGACGCAGAUUGAAAAUUCGUGCGAUCAAGUGGUCAAUUCGCUGCGAUCGGAAAUUGCCGAUAUCGUCGAAGAUCGUUGUCGCACCGAAUUGGAGCUCCGCAAACAAUUGGAGGUGCUCAAGGAAAAAACCCGCGAGUUGCAGGCCGAAUACGACGAACGAAUCAAGGAGAAUCAAAAGACGCUCGAGUCGCUCAAAACCAAGGCCGAAGCCGUGGUGCCGUUGGAAGAAUUGGAGGCCGAAAUGGACGAAACCUAUGCUCGUUUGUAUGAAUUGAAGCGAAUUCACGAAACUCAGGCGACCACGUUGGAGCAGUUGGAUACCAAUCUCAAGGCGCGACGACAACCGAUUUAG